AUGGGAAUCUAUUGGACAUGCUCUUUUCUCCGGUUUCAUGCCAAAGCAGUUUGGCAAAUUACUGGGUUUGAAUUCAAUUUCAAGAGAGCUGGUCAAAUGAAAGAUGGUGACUAUUUCAUGUAUUUGUCCAAAAUUCUCACCAAGUCUGAGUUGGAAAGAGUCAUCUACAUAAUGUGGUUUAUUUGGUCAGAUCAGAACAACUUCAUUCAUGGAAAACAAAUAAAAAAACCAGUCCGAAUAUUGUCACAAGCUGUUGCAUACUUGGAGAAUUUUCGUCACUUUAAUAACGCUGUCAAACUAGAUUCUGUUACUGCGGCUGCUCCUGCAGACUCCACUUUGUGGCCACCUCCUCCAGAGAACAAAUUAAAAAUGAAUGUCGAUACGGCUGUUGAUUCUUUGAGGAGUAAAAUUGGUAUUGGUGUGAUUAUAAGAGAUUCAAAUGGAUGUGUUGUGGCUACAAUGUCAACAUCGGUAGUUGGCAAUUACAAAUCGCAAGAAAUGGAAGUAAAAGCCAUGUUCAGUGGUCUUCAUUGGGCUGAACAAUUGCAACUACAACUUCACAAUGUGAAAAGUGACUGUUUAAUGCUUGUCAAUGCAUUAAAUGGACAAAUGUCACAAUAUUCUAUUUUUCAUGAUUUGGUUAAAGAUGUUUCAUAUCAUUUAUCCUCUUUCUCUAAUGCUUGCCUAUCUCAUAUUAGAAGGGACGCCAACCAAGCCGCACAUGGUUUGGCUAAACAAGCAUUACAGUUGGAUAGUGAUUAUAUUUGGAUAGAAGAAAUUCUUUUUACCAUUUUGUCUGUUGUUGUAAAUGAUUGUGCAUAA